AUGCUCCAGAGUAGUCUUGCAUUGCUGCGUCAAACCCGGAGACCAGCGUUGGCGCUGUGUAGCUCUGCUACAAGAUCGUCUGCGUCUCGCCACAUUUCCAAUCAGCCAUCUGAGACGUACACUAAACUGCCGGAUGACAACGACCCUCAGCGCGAUGCCUUUUUCAAAUACUCAUGGGGUUCCUGGCUCAAAAACGAUCGUGCGGAAAAGGAGAAAAGGACUACUCGGUUCUCUAUCGAAGGUCUCACCGACAUUAUUGCUGGGCUUCACGCUCAAUCGAAAGAAGUAGAGAAAACCAGUGGUUCUGAUGAAAAAGCUAAGAUUGCAGCACCUUCCUACGACCGGAACCUAACGGUUUCCUUACCUCACAAUCUCAGCAUCAGUGAAAUUGGAACAUUGAAUCCCAACGAAUCCUUGAAAAUUACAGCAAUGGCCAGCAUUCAUGAAGGAAAGCACCAUCGCAUCUACAAAGUGGACACCAAUGCCAACAAGUCGUUUGUGCUGAGAAUACCGUACCCAAUAGACGGUGAAUACGCUAUCUCUCAAAGACUGAAAAGUGAGGUUGCAACCAUUGAUUUUGCCCAACUGAAGUUAGGGCUUAAGGUUCCAAAGGUCUACAGUUAUGGUGUCAAUGCAUUGAACCCCGUCAGACAGCCUUUCAUUCUACAGGAAUACAUUGAAGGAAGACUCUUGAUGCGAGACUGGACCCCAUUGGAGGACGAUGCCCAGGAUGGGAAAUCUCAUCUGGCCAAGUUAAACAAGGUUAUCGAGCCACUGUCACAAUUCCAAGCCAAGCUGUUAAGCGUUACCUUUAAUCAGUUUGGUAGUCUCUACUUUGCCAAAGAUGUUCCGGAAAACGAGGAGUUAGCGUACAAUGGCGAGAAAGAUGCUUCUUUGGCAAACAGAUGGAGAAUUGGACCUUCUGUGGAGAGAUGUUACUGGAGAAAAAAAUCGGCGCUACCUGUGGAAGAGGUCAAGAAGUACGUUGGUCCUUGGGCCAAUGACAAACCUAUGAACAUGGUCAAGGACCUAGGACAAUUGGAAGCUGAGAAUGCCAAAGCUAGGUUGGCUCUUCAACAGGCCGACGCAUCGCCUGAACCCGUGGAGGAGGCGCUUUUGAGAGGCCAGGUCCAGGCGUUUGAGGGUCUUUCCCAACUUUCUGGCUCGCUGUUCAACACCAAAUCGAGUGUGAUCCCCAAUAUCGCAGAACUAUUGAAGCCACGUCUGUACCAGCCCGAUUUGGACCCGAUGAACGUGAUCCUCAAUGAAAAAGACGGUGACCAGGCCUAUCUGUUUGACUUUGAAGGCACCACCAUUAAACCCUUCCUGCUACAGAACUCGCCUCAAUUUGUCGCCUACGACGGACCCAAGAUCUACAACCUGGAAGAGGACGUCGAGGGCUACAAAGAGUUGUCGGAUGCGGAGAAAGUACAGUACCAGUUUAUGUACAAACGCACGCGCAACCAGCACCUGUGGGAAUCGGCUUUGAACAAAAAUUCAAAAACUUUGAUUUCUGCAGUAGCACCACCUGUGAAGCUUCUGAGAACACCGUACGUGGCGACCGUGGAGCGCAAGAAAGAUGCAGAAUAUUUGCUGGUGGAUGAGAGUCUACUUCAAUUGCGCGAGGUGUGGGAAGUCUUUGCCAAGAACGAGCUAGUUGCCAGCGCCAAGUUCCCGCUGGAGCUGGGCGAGGACCACGUCAAAGAACACGCAGAAAAGCUCAACGCGUUCCACGAAAAGCUCAUCAAAAGCCCAUUCGCGGCCACCCAGGGCUGGAUUCCGCAAGACAUGUUCGAAAACUUGGUGAAAGCAGGUAUACUAGUUAAAGAUGCCAACGGGGACCACGUGAUCAAAGAGCAGGGGUCAUAA